AUGGCCAUGCUCAAGAGUCUGAUUGCCGCCAUUCUGCUGCUCUCGCCCCAGGUCCUCGCAGGGCUCAGGGAAGCACCCAUCCCCGGGUACGACGUGGUCGACCUCACCUGGGAGGUGGAAGUACUCCCGGGGCGCGUCGAGAACCUGACGGGCACGGUAGAGCAAGUCCACGACGCAGCCAGAGCCAUAAACCCCGACUGGCGACUCCCGUCCUCGCCCGCCGAGCCCGAGGACCUCGCGAAGCGCUCGGGCAUGUAUGCCUGGAGCACGGCCUUCUGCGGCCCAGGCACUCGCGGCUGGCGCCCGUGCAAGGCGCGCCGGGUCCAAGAGGGAAUCAACCACCUCCGCAGCCAGCUCGGGCACCCGAGGAACGGCCCCGGGCCGCGGUCCUGCGGCCGAGUCAGCUGCUCCUGGCAGGCAUCGAUAUGGUGGUGCAACGACGCUCCCUGGGCAACGGUGAUCAAUAGCUGGAACGACAUUGCCGACAGCGCACAGCUGAUCCUGUGGAAGUGCGCGACGGGAAGCGGCGCGGCGGAUCGAUAUGUGGCGGGACAGGUGUUUACCAUUCGCAAGUGGAAUGUCAUUGUUCGCCAGGACGAGUGUUGA